AUGCGUAAGUCAGUGCCUAGAAGCCGCAACGUGCAGAAGCUGACAGAGCUGCUCCUCUGCGUGCAACAGGACCAGAUCACUGGAAAGUUAAAAUAUGAAGACUUUUGCUCUCCCUGCACGAAGGAGAAUGUACUAGACAACGUCAAACCCAAAUUUGACCGAAUAGCCAGGAACGGCCUCAUUCGGGGCUGGCAGAGGCUAGCUUUGCAUAACGGCGUGGUUUUGCAGGCUAUGAGAGAUCCUUUCAGGCAGACACAGUGUCUUUCGGCGCUGUUAAAUGGGGGUAGUUGUGAGAGCAGUGAAGCUGGAGCUCUGAAGCCUGCCCGGCCUGGGAGCUCGCCCAAAAUCAUCCGGGCGGACUUCACGCCUGCGACACUGCUUGCAGACGGGAAAACCGUUCAGGAUGAGCCAGGCUGGGGACCCGACCGCUGGCAUGAAAACUACCCCAUGGCCAAGGGAGACAAGCAGUCACCCAUUGAGAUCAACAGCAAAGACGUGCGGCACGACGCUUCUCUUGCCCCUUGGCACGCCAGUUACGAUCCUGGGGCAGCGAAAACCAUCCUGAACAACGGGCGCACCUGCCGAGUCGUCUUCGAUGACACUUUUGAUCGAUCAGUGCUGAGAGGUGGGCCGCUCACGGGAGCCUACAGGCUGCGUCAGCUUCACUUGCAUUGGGGUUCCUCUGAUGACCAUGGCUCUGAGCAUGUUAUAGAUGGGGUGAAAUAUGCAGCAGAGUUACAUAUGGUGCACUGGAAUCCAAAACAUGGUAAUUUUGCUGGAGCUUUGAAACAACCUGAUGGUGUGGCUGUUGUGGGCAUUCUUCUGAAAGUUGGAAAAACUCCCAAACCAGAGAUGAAGAGAAUUCUUGAAGAAAUUGAUAACAUUAAGACCAAGGGCAAAGAGGCUCCUUUUCAGCACUUUGAUCCUUCAAUCCUUUUCCCCAAAUCACGGGACUACUGGACCUACCAUGGUUCAUUCACUACACCCCCCUGUGAGGAGUGCAUCACUUGGAUUCUCUUGAGGGAGCCAAUUGAAGUCAGCUCAGACCAGAUGGCGAAGCUCCGUAGCCUUUCCAAGAAUGGUGAGAACGAACCUGUGAACCCACUGGUUGAUAACUGGCGCCCACCUCAGCCUGUGAAGGGCAGGAUAGUGAGAGCCUCGUUCAAGUGA